UACAGUGCUUCCGUACAAAGCUGGGAAGCUAGCGUUUCUCUCUGGUGGAGUUGCCUUGCAGGGAAGAAAGAAAUGGCGGACUCAGGAGCGUCGUCACCGGGAUCGAGCCCAGUGGAGCUCAGACACUGCGUCGAUGAGCUCUUGAGGUUCACCCUCCAAUCUCACGUCGCCGGAACCCUGAAUCUCGCCUUCGAUCUCGGCCUCUCUGUGGAAUUCUGCUCCGCUCUUCUCAGAGAUGAUCCGUGCGGUCACUCUCCGGUGUCGCCGUCUCCUUCUUCGGAAAUCGUUCAAGGUGUGCCCGCCUAUCCUUUAUACAAGCGUCUAGCUUCUGCUUUGGAGGAAGCUUUAUCGUCCGGGGUGUCAUUUCCGAGGCAUGAGUCACUGGCAUGGUUUAAUCAAGAGGAUGACAUACACAAUAAGAAAGUGCUGGACCAAUUGAUUUCGAGUAAGGGAGCUGAACUGCUGAAUAUUUUGAAGAGCAUAAAAUUUGAACUUCAUGUGCAGGAGCCUUAUUUUACUCAGCUUAAAGAUGGGCUGAAAACAAUUGAAGGAAGAUGUGCUCAUGGAAAUUAUAAACGCAUUGUGUCAGGGGACUUGAUUCUGUUCAACAAAUGUCUGGUUCUUGAGGUUCAGGAUGUUCAUUGGUAUGCUUCCUUUUUCGAGAUGUUGGGUGCAGAAUGUUUGAGUGAAGUUCUUCCUGGUGUUAAUUCAGUUGCUGAAGGUGUUCAAUUUUAUAGGAAGUUUUACACUGAAGAGAAAGAAAAGUCUAAUGGUGUUCUUGCAAUUGGUGUCUCCAGAUCGAUUGAUCAGCCCUACAUCUCUUUGGCUAGAAUAAUUUCUGGAUUGACUUCUAAGGGCGUUCAGAAACUUCUAGGUCUCGUUCAUACUGCGGGGACAGUUCCUGAGUCACUUCCUCCACCUAGAUCUGCUCUUCUAUCCGCAUUUCAGCUGCCUUACAAUCCAAAUGUUAAAGGUAGCACCUUAACUGAUGGAGCCAGGGCUUUGGCAAAGCAUGUCAAUAGGAGUAGUGACAAGUAUUGGGGGAAUUUCAAAGGGAGUGGUGAGAAUUUGGGCUUGCUUUUGGUGCUUUAUUGCUGCCUAAUUGACUUAUUCCACUCCAGCUAUAAUGAUAUUUUCCUGGCAAACUCAGAUUCAUGUAAGAAUGAACUAGCAAAGGAUGUUAUCAGCCGGUUAGUUGCAACCUGUCAAUGGCAGAAUUUGCAUGCUGGUCCACCACAUGGAGUUGUCUUUGAGAUAAGGGAUGUUAGUGGUUAUGGUGCACGGUGGUCAGAGGAUGGUUUGAAGUUCAUUGGAUUUCUAGAGCCAUAUGUGAAGGAUGGUCACGUCAAAGGAUGGAAGCAUUGAGUUGAUCUGUGGAGAUCUCGCUGGCGUGAUCCUUAACUUGGGGUAUACUAUUGAGUAGUUCUGGGGGGCAUUAUCUGUACAUCAUUUUGUUUCCUCGCAGAAGAAGCUCAAAAGUCUUAUCAGAUCAUUUCACAUUAUUGGUAACAAAUGUUUUUUUUUUUUCAAGGCAGUGACUUUUCCUGUAAUGUAUGUGAUUCCUUGCUUGACUGUUGCAGUUUACCUUUAUCGUUAUUAGCAUUCUAAGUCAUACUUGGGUGGUUCA